ACUGUAUUCAACAUCCGACGAAACGCGUUUAUCUAAUCAUCCGUAUAAUUGAUUGGUUCAAACGGAACCAGCAGCAGGCGUAAUCUAAUUAAUGAUUAUUCAUCUUAUCGCCAACUCGCUGCUGUUUAUCAACUCUCACCCACAAUGCACUUGGCGCUGACAGGAAGCGUUCAAUUUCAUUUGGCGCGCCGCUGUGAGUGUACAGUUGUUAUGAUGAGUUGAAAACGGCUUCAUUUCUCUCACAAACGUUAUGUUUAUCAGCUAGCCGCCAGUUUGUACACCUUGGUGAGACAUGUGUCGUGAAAGUGAGCGCUCCCAACUUCGCGGUAACGUUAACACGAACUGUCAAUAAAGGAGGAAUCGAACCUGGUAGGCGCCUGAACUUUCCCUAUUUGCAUAAUGGAGAUAUUGUUCUCAGAAGGUGUGUGUCAAAACCUCCAUCGGCUCUGCCUCUGUGGAAAGAUAAUCUCGUUUAACUGCCAACGAGCUUCAGCCACAAACGAAAGCGAAAGGAGUGAGUUGGUAUUCAGCAGUCUUUCGUUUGAACGGGAGGGGAAGGCGUUCGUGAAGGCAGCAGACGGAGCGGCUGUCAUCAGCGGGAAAAGAUCCGCUCAGCUGGAUAUUGUCAAAUGUCAAUGUGCCAUAAAUGUUCAGACGAGAGUCACUACACCGUGUGUUUUGGUUACAAAGAAGAGUGAGAAAGGAGAGGGCUUCCAGUAUAGUCUCCUCACACUGAGCAGCUCGAACCGACUGGAGCCCUGCAUUGAGUUUAAACUCCCAUAUCAAAUGAGGGAGGGUGUCUCCAUCCUCAGGGGCCCCACAGUGUUGUGGAGCCACGCUGGUAAUGUCUUCUAUACAUCCCUGCAGGCAGGAGAGGUGAGACAGAUUCCCAUUCAGUUGUCCCACACUGUCGUUGGAGAACUCCCCCUUCACAAAGAACAGGUGUUUGUUCUCGGCCUGCAAAACCUUUCAGGGAACUGGUCCACAAGUCAAACCCUGGGCUACUUUGUUGAGGAUGGACACGUGUUUGAUGGCGCAAUGGUUUUGCCUCAUCCCUACAUUUGCAUCACACGAUGCCUCUUGGUGCUCUCAGCUGAAAAAAGGGAUGGUGACGGUGUGUUGAAAUCUGCUGUGGUUGCAGCAACUUCUAAUCAGCAGCUUGUUUAUUUUGAGAAUGGCAUCGUAAAGGACACAUGUCAGCUCCCCUUUGAACAGCCUGAGAAUAUUCAGCUAGUCGACACGGGAAGAAAUGGCUGUCUGUUUGCUGUGUCCUUUCACCAGGGGCAUGUAUGCGCUGUAUGGAAGAAGACGUUUCAGAUAGCCUCCCAGUGGUCAGGUGUCAGCUCGGUCCACGUGGAUGACUUCUUGGGAUGUGGAACAGAUCAGAUGCUGUUGAUUUUUAAGGAUCAAGGUGUAACAGAGCAGCCACUGGAAAGAUUCCUCCUCACGGACCUGUGCGGCAUUACAUAUGCUCAUUGCCAGGACAAUGAAGCACCGAAGACGUCUCCUCCACCAGAGAACUAUCUCCUCACUCUUCAAGCAUUAGAGUCCAGACUACAGAGUGGAUUGACCGUGCUGCAGGAGCUUCAGCAGGAGGUGAGAGUGAAGGAAAGAGUUCUACAGCAGUCAGUCCAAGCCCUUACUGAUGUGAUCUCAGAAAGAAACCCUACUCUCACACAGCCUGAGCAGGAAGGCCUCAUUGCUCUGUGGGACUGUGAUGACGAGUCAAAGGAAGAGGCCAUGGAUGACAAGACACAAGACAUGCCAGCAGUGUCUUACCAGUGGCCAGUGUGAGCUUAUCCAUCCUGACAGAGACAGGCCAGAGCUCAACGCCCGCAGUCAUCCAAACCCAGAGCCAAGUGUUCUGGCUCCCUGCACCCUGCUCCUCAUCAUCAUCAUCUGCCUCCUCCUCUUCCUCUGCCUUAACGUUCCCAGAGCCCGCAGCCAAAAGAAGCAAGCGGCACAAUGCCGGCAGACUCAAUGAUCUCAACACAUGCAGACUGGCUGUGACUGCUGUGACCAAGCUGACACCUCUGCUGAACUCUGGCUGUGUCAAGUGCUGUGUCAUGCUCCAUUAUGCCCAGAGACAAGAUGCUUUUGCUGUUGUGAGCAACCUAACACCAGUUGUCCUCCAUUGUGGUCAAGUUGAUUUAGACAUCCACAGUGAUUUCCACACCCAACUGCUGAAAAACCCCGAACUCAAAACAGAUGAGGUUGAAGAGGACUUACUGAGUUUGAUUGCGGUGCUGGAUCACUGGGUCUUCCACAUAGACUCUCCUGAUCACAGCUUAGGUGAUAUAGAUGGCUGGAUUCAGAAAAGAGUCGGUUGUCAGAGGAUAGAAGUGAGCCCUCAGUAUCUACUGUUAAAUUCUUCAGGACCAUCUGCUCUCAUGCUGCUGCGCUGGCAUCAGAUAACCCCUUUCCAGGGGGAGUUGUCUGUCCACUCCAGCCACAUGCAGAUGCUCCGGUUCCUGGACUCUCUCUUGACGUACCUGCCUGUGUCCUGCUCCAUGCAGCCUGUCAAAGGUACAAGAGGACAACGUACAGCUCAAAUAUUGUCUUUGGCACUGGAGAAAGAGGUGGCCUCACUCAGAGAGGGUGUGUCACUGCUACUGUGUGAAGAAGAGGAGGAGAAGAAGAAGAGUCUUGGACAUGAGGACACCCCUGAGCCAGUUUCCGUAGAGGGGCUCCAGAGGUGUAGAGAGGUGUGGCAGCAGGAGGUGGAGAGGGGUAGGAUGAGGUUGAGCCCCCUGGUGGAUGUCGGGAGGUAUCGUAGGCUGACCCAAAGCAUGUGUGAAGUCCAGCUUGAUGGGGAUUUGGCAGCUCUCUUAGACAUUCAGAGAACUUUGCUCAGCUAAUAUGCGGUUAUUGUUGAAAAGCCUAUGGCUAAGAAUGUGUUUCCUGGAUAAGCAGAAGUAAGUCUUCAAUAGUGUAUCUUGUCAAGGGUAAUCACGAAAAAGACAGUUCAUCUUGCAUGCGCUGCACAUUUCACCUGUGCUGAGAGCCACCCCCGUUGCUGGCUUGCUUAUGUCUGUGCUGCACUGUGUGUGUCUGCUCUCUCUCUCUCUCAGACAGCCUCCUGGGGUUUAUAUCUGCCUAGUGUCUGUUGCUGUGUAGAGCCUCAGCCUGCUUCCAUUGGAUCACCUCCUGGUUUUCACAGCCUUAAUCUGAUACUGAUGUUAUACUGCUCUCUGCUCAUUCUUCUGUUCAUGUCCCUUUAGACCCUCUUUGUUCAAAAACGCUCUUUAAUGUCCGUUGCUUCUGCGGCUGCUGCUGCGUGCUAUUCAGUAGGAGACAGAAAGCCCUUUCGUCCUGGAGUGAGAAACUUCACUGUCAUGAAUAAAGACAACAGAUGAUAUAGAGAGCAAAGGGUUACACAUCUGCUCAGUGGUCGGAGUUGACUGAAAGCUUUUAGUGGUACUUUCCCCUCAUGGUUCAGUUAUUUUCCUGUGAAAUGUAAAUUUAAAAAUAAAAAAAGUCCUUGGAUGCCAUUUCUCCUGUGAUGCUGCACAGGCUGUCAGCGCUGCUAGUUAAAAUACCAUUCAUUCAAGUAAACAUCAAACCCUACUUAAAAGGGCAUCAGCUUUGCUGGAUACCUAAGUUCUGUGGCAGCUUGACCAGAAGUGUUGGCUAAAAUGGCUGUUGAGGUUGUGGUUUUUUCUUCCCAGUGGGAGCUGAAAAACGAGGAUGUGCAUUUUGUUUGUUCCGGGAGCUACUCCAUCUGCUUGUAGUACUCGGUCUGCGGAGAGAUAAACUCCCCCUCUUUUACACCUUUAAUGUCUCUGCUUCAUUGCAAAUAGCCACUUCCACUGGACUCGCUGCCACAGGACUCUCCUGAACAUGAUUACUUCAAAGUUUCCUAUUUUCACAAGUGCUUCCGAAUGUGUUACUUGAUGAUGGUAAUGCUGCUGUGGGUUAAUAAAUGUUACAGACAUGCAAAACCUGUUUUUGUCAUGUUGGAAUGGAAAUAAAGCUCCCGUUUGCAGCUCAGUUAGCUUUUGCCGUUCAAUUCAGACAACUGAACUUUCAUGCAAGUUGAUCAUGCACACCAACACUUUUUUUCUAUAUUUCUCACAUACAGGAAACACCCCCCCACAUACACACCUUUUAUUCUGCUGCGAGACACCCUGCACUCUUGUCACUUCCAGCAUCGAAGAACAAUUGUGAAUUCUGUAACCAUAACACCAGUAAAUGGAUCACAUGUGAAAACGAAAAUUCAAUUUUAUUGGUGUUUCCUCAAAGCCCCGACUGCCACCCAGAGUAAAAUAUAUGGUUUGUCAUGCCAUUAUUGCUUGUUAACUUCCAUUAACUCUGAGUGGUGGAAGAAGGCUGCAGGGUUUCUACCCUCCACUGAAGUCCCCUCACGUUAAUAGGGAAUGAAAACGUGGUAGUUAUGAAACAACUCAGACAUGGAGAAAACCAAAAUCUACACCUCAUCUAGCUUAUUAAUAUUACCUGCAUUGACAUAUUCCUGCAUCUUUUGACACCUUUGUGGAUGCCAGCCACAUACUGUCACUUUGGUAUGGAGGUCCAUUUCUGCUAGGAAAAGGAAAAAGUAGAUGUAAGGUUAGUCAAAAUGAAAGUUAGUAAAUCAAAAUUAUGAUAUAAAAAAAAAUCUCAAUCUCAUUUAUAUGUUGUAUUUUUUUCAUUACUUUCAUUACAAUAAUUUUGAUGGUCAAAAUUUUUAAUGACCAUUUUUUUUAUCACGACUAACUUUUUUAUUUUCUUGGCAGAAUAUACUUUCGUAUGUAAUUAGCGUAAUAAUACAAUAUUUAAAGAUCUAAGAUCUUUACUUUAUUGACCAUAUAAAUAUUUAUAUUCAUAAAUUAAGA